GUCACUGUCAUUGAGAUUGCAGCGACUUGUCAGCCAAGUCAAACAGUAAAUAAUAAAAAAUUGAGAUUUUAUAGAUUUAAAAAGUAUUCAGAUCUAUCGUAAUUACUUUAAUUCAAAAUAAAUACGACUGCGGUGGAAUAUAGUUAUUUUUUAUUGUGCUUACCUUAACAUCAAGAUGACUGAAUCACGCAGCAAGAAGACCAAAAAUAGUUUUAAUUUGAAGACUCUACGCCUUUCUUUGAAAUAUCGACCAGAAAUAUUAAGACUGAUACUUAAAAUGAGACAGUGUAUUAAGAAGAAAAAUCAUAUUAUAACAAAACUUAAACAUAGGAUUAAAGAAAUGGAAACUAAUCCCAGUUCCGAUUCCAAAUCUGUAAAUACUCAAACCAAUGACAGCACAGAACCAGCCUCAGAAGAGGAACAAACAAAUCUUCUAGAACCUUCCAAAGACAUUGUAAAAACAAAUGAAGUACCACAAUCUACAAAAUGUAGAAACCAAUCUACACAAACUGAUGAAAUAAAUAGCACAAAGGUUAAUAACUCAAAAGAAGAUAAUAUAGAAGAGAAGUCGGAAGAUGCUGGCUGGAAUGUAAAUGAUAAUAAAGAAUCUAAAAGUAUAGCUGAGCAAGUGGCUGAGGUAGCACAAGACGCUUUGAAAGAGACCGGAAUGGUGUAUGUAGAGUCUGCUGGAAUGUACUACGAUUAUAAGACUGGAUAUUAUUAUAAUUCGGAACUUGGUCUAUACUACCACACAGACACAGAGUGCUACUACUACUACUCAGAUGAAAAGAAGACAUUUGUGUUUCACUCCUAUCCCGACAGGAGUGCCUCCAAUGCUGCAUUGUUGGCCCAUGAGAAGAGAAAAGCUAAAAAACAUAAAAUGGAAAGAAAAACAGAAGAAGACAUAGAUAACCUGACGAAAAACUUAUCUCAGGACAAACCAGCGGAAGUUAAAGAUGAGAAAAAGAAACCUAAACAGAAGAAGAAUCACUCAAAAAGAGUGAAGAAGAAUGACUCUUCAGAUGAGAGUAAGAAAGAUGAUUGGAAAGAAGACGUAGAUAAAGAUGAAACAACUCCUGAAGUUGGAGAAGAGAAGAUAGAAGAAUCAAAUGGUAACGCAGUUGUGCCAGAAGAAUUGGAAGAUGGCGAAUGCAGCGACACAAGCACUGAAAAUGAGGCUGAUGAUGAAGAUGACAAAAAGUCAAACACUAGCACUUCAACUGCUAGUGAUGAUGAAUCCGUGGCUAAGCAUCACCCGCCAUGCAUGCGCGUGAUAGUGCGCGAGACGACGCUACCGAAGCUGCGCGUGGGCAGCUUGUUCAUCGUCACUAAAGAUGGCGGCACUGUGGGCAGGGAGGGAGAACAACACACUAUAUUGCUUAGAGAUCAUAAUGUUUCUAGGAAUCAUCUGGACAUCCAAUUCGACGCUUCUCGCAACUUAUACAUGGCGACAGACCUCGGCUCUAAGAAUGGAACGAUACUCAACGGCACUCGAAUGUCUGAGAGCCAAAUCAUGAGCCUACCUAUGGAGAUAGUCCAUGGUAGCACCUUACAAUUAGGCGAGACGAAGUUGUUAUGUCAUAUCCAUCCAGGUAAUGACACAUGUGGACACUGCGAACCUGGACUUCUUAUGGAAGCUAUAGAAAAAGAGAAGAAAGUCGCGUACACACGUACAUGCAACGUUCAGAAGCAGCAUCAACUAGAACUGGCCCGGUUGAAGAACAAAUAUGCUCCGAAGCCACUCGCUAUAGAAGAGACGGCGUAUAACGACAGAGCGCAGGCACGGCGGGAAACUGUGGGGUCUUCGCAUCAUUCCGAAAAGACGCAGAGUACCGAUAUCAAUACGUCUAUCGCACCAGAGAACAAAGGCUUCAAGAUGUUGGAGAAGAUGGGAUGGAGCAAGGGCGAGGGUCUAGGCAAGGAGAGCCAGGGAGAAACGGAGCCGGUACCGUUGGUAUCGAACGAGGGGACAGCAGGUUUGGGAGCCGGUCGGAUGCCAUCUGCUCCUGUACCAAAGAACAAGCUGGGGCCAGCUACCAUGCGUCUAGCCACCAGGACCAAGAUGCUCAAACCACCAGCCAAAGCAUUUCAAAACAUGCAGGACGAAGAAGAAUCCGAAUGAACUGUAUGUGUAGGAGAAUAAGGUCCAAUAUCGAUUGUGCUGGUCACUGAUUCUUUCUAAACUUAGACAUGAUUACGAUCAAGAAAAUAAAAUGAUUGCUGAAAUAUUUAUAUAAUCUAUAUUGAAUUGUGAUUGUCAUGUGAACUAGCAAUGAAAAUGUUGUAAAUAUUAAACAUAAGUUAGAUCAAGGUAUUAGCUACAAUCGAAUUUAAUAGCCGUAAACUAUUUGUGUCGGUAUCUUGAUUAUUUAUUGGUAGUAAAAAAUAAAGGUACGUUUCAAUUCUA